AUGUUUCUUUCUUUCUUUCUUCUCAGUGAUUCUUUGUGUCUUUCUCUUGCGGCCAACCCGUUGACAUCGACCUUCUUCCACGCACCGAAUCCAUUUCAAGAGGCCGGACUCUUUUCUGACCAUUUCUUUUCUACUAAAGAAUCUCAGACAAUAGACGAAAAAAAGAACGUGUUUCUUUUAAUUACCGUCGAUAAUUACACAAGUGCCGAUAAUGUCUUUUUACUCUUACUACAUUUUACCUUUCUCUAUUUUUUCUUUUUUUCAUUCAUUAUUUUCUUUUUCUCCUUCGCUAUUUACCUUUUUCUUCAUCCCUUCAUUAUUUUUGGUUUCUUUCUUUCUAAUGAAUUCUAUACACUCGCUCAUCUUUUUCUUUAUUAUUUUGAAUUCAUCUUUAAUUUCAUUCUUUCUGAUCUAUUUAUCCUCUUUUUUUCCAAUCCUUAUUCUUUGACUCUCUCAGAUACAUCCUGUUUUUCUUUCUUCAUAAUCUACGUUUCAUUCGUUCGUUCUUCGUUUCGUAAUUUUCUUUCUUUCUAUUUUCCGCCAUUUUUAUUUCAUCCAAUUUUCUGCAUUUAUUCUCUAAUAGAUUUUGCCGUCAAUGACAAUUUGUAA